AUGGCGGGGGCGGCCAAGAAGGGUCCGGGGGGCCCCGGCGGCGGGGGCGGGGGCGGGGGCGCGAAGGCGGAGGCGGAGGCGGCCUCGGAGGUGUGGUGCCGGCGGGUGCGGGAGCUGGGCGGCAGCAGCCAGGCCGGGAACCGACACUGCUUCGAGUGCGCCCAGCGCGGCGUCACCUACGUGGACAUCACCGUGGGAAGCUUCGUCUGCACCUCCUGCUCCGGACUCCUGAGAGGCCUGAAUCCCCCACACCGCGUCAAGUCUAUCUCCAUGACGACCUUCACCGAACCGGAGGUUCUCUUCCUUCAGUCCCGCGGGAAUGAGGUGUGCAGGAAGAUCUGGCUGGGCCUGUUCGACGCUAGAACCUCCUUAGUCCCAGACUCCAGAGACCCGCAGAAAGUGAAAGAAUUCCUUCAGGAGAAAUAUGAGAAGAAGCGCUGGUACGUCCCUCCGGACCAGGUGAGGGGCCCGGCCGGCGGCAAGAGUGGCAUCGCCUCCGCCCCCGGCCAGAGCUCCACCCCGGAGGUCCAACCCCUGCGGACCCUGCUGGGAGACCCCGUGCCCGCGCUGACCGUCGCCACUUCCAGCCAGGCCCGGCUCUCCCAACACCGGGGCGCCCAGCCGGCCCCUGUCUCCUCCACCAAGAAAGCCAGCACCGACCUGCUGGCUGACAUCGGAGGGGACCCCUUCGCCGCCCCGCCGCAGCCGCCGGCCCCUCCCUUCGCCGCCUUUCCGGCCUUCGGAGGCCAGGCCCCGGCCCACGGCGGCUUCGCCAACUUCGACGCCUUCGGCGGCUCCGGCGGUCCCGCGGCCUUCGGAGGGGCCCCCCAGCUUGGGCAUGCCCCCUUCCAGGCUCAGCCUGUGCCUGCAGCCAGCCGGGUCAUCACGGGCAGCUACAGUUUUGGCAGCAGCCAGGUGAUGCCAUUCGGGGCCUCGCCCCUCACCCCCGCGAGCCAGCCCAGCGGCCUCUCGGACAUGGCCACCAUCCUGGGAAGCAGCAGCGUCUUCGGGGCGGUGGCCCACGUCCCGGCCUUCCACGCCUCCGCUGCCCCUGGGGCCGGCGGCGGAAGCAGUAGCCUCGCUUACGGGGCCUUCACCAACCCGUUCACGGCUCCCGCGGCUCACCCGCCUCUGCCUUCCACCAACCCCUUCCAGCCCAACGGCCUCGUCUCAGGGCCGAGUGGCUUUGGUCUGGGCACAUUGGCCCCCGGCUUCCCCCCUGCCCAGCCCCCCGGCGGCUACCCGGGCGCCUUUCCCGCCUCCACCAUGUUCUCCCCGCAAACCCAGCUCUCCCAGCAGCAGCAUAACGGGUCCAGCUUUGGGGGCCUGGGAGCAGCCAAGCCAGGGGUGAAGGGCCCGGGCCAGCCCACUGCCAUUUCCACCAACCCCUUUGUGACUGGAACUUCUCCAAGCCCGUUCGCCUCCAAACCUCCCACCACCAACCCCUUCUUGUAGCCCCCCGAGGAGGGAGUCGGGGCCUGGCUGGUGGUGGGAGGGGGCGGCGGGGAGGGGCCGUUUUGAAUACGACUUCUGAAAUUCCUCCCUCCCUCCUUCACGACUGUCCCUGCUUUCCUGCUCCAGGCGCCCCCUCAUCCCGGGAUUGUGGGGGGUGGCGGAUAUGGAACUCAGGGUGGCACCCCUCCUGCCCCCCCAACUCCCCAUCCCUUCCCCCUCAUCGGAGCCUAAUUGACCCCAGGGACCAGAGAUAUGAGGAUGGAGGAGCGGACUGUUCAUGGCAAUUACAGGGCAGGAAGCAAAGAAUGACCUCAAUCGCCGCCUCCCUCCCCAGUCCCUGAAGCCUUCUCUCUCGUGUGUUCUCCCCACACCCCCAAGACUCGAAGAUUCAUUUUUCAGCGCCCCCCUGCAUACCCCUUUCUCCCCUCCCCAGAUUUCUCCUUCAAAGCUGCUAAACCCUCCUGGCUCCACUCUCCGUCCCCAGCCUGUUUGGGGGAACCUUUUACUACCCCUUCCCCACCCCGACACUCCCUUCAAGCACUUUAGUUAGCAGUUUCAUGUUUGGAUA